AUGCUCGCGGAGUCGAGGACGCGCAUGGUCAAGGUCGGAAGAAUCGAGGCUAGACUCACUGUGUCGAGCAUAUCGAGGCAUGAGCAGGUCGAAGCUAGUUGGGUCAAGCACCGCCAAGGUACGAGACACGAGGCUAGGUGCGGACAUCCAGUAAGCCUCGUUGGACAAGGAUUAGGCAACGAGGUCGCGUACGGCCACGCACGCACUAAGACGACAAGAGUUGGACUCCUUGGAGGAUUAGGAAAGUCGGAGAAGGAAGAGUCCAGAGAGGUUCUCGGAAUCCUCAAAAGGCUAGGACACGCGGGAAGCUGUAGUCACGCGCGUACAAGGUUGGCGAUAGGAAGAGUCCUUGAAGGACUAGGCGAAGGCAAUGCGGACUAG